UUGUUUGCAGCCCCUACUCAAUUCUGACAGUGAGCACAGUCUCUUGGAGAGCCCUGCUUUAUAGCUGCCGUGCGACCUGGAUGGCGAAUUUCGCAGGUAGCUGUUACCGUCCACCAUCAGUCAACAUGAUCCUCUCCCAUCUCAGUCGGCCGUCGAUACUAUGCCAGUGCUCUCGUUGCUCCAGCUCUGUAGCAGCAUGCGAAAAUGAGUGGGCUAAGCUGUCCGACACGUACUCGACGGUGACGGGAUGGCUGAGUAUCGAUAGGAACCGGAUCAACGUCUCGUCAGAAAAGAAACAGAUUCCACAAUCAUCCGAGCUUGGAUUCGUCCGGGGUCGCGUGGUCCAGGACAUCGUGUGCAGACUAUGCCACCAGAAACUGGGCGGCCUUGUCCAUCUUGAAUCAGAUACGAAGGUAUUUUGGAAACUUUCGAAAAUGUCGUUUCGAGAGAUCAUAUCAAUGCGAGAGUCACAUCCACUGUUCGUCGAAGGCUCUCUAUCGUGGCUGCUAGCACCCGUCGAGCAAACUCCCGCCCCAAACGAAUCCGCAAACAAUACGCCCCUUUCCGCUACCCAUUCAGAAGCAAGACUGAGCCAGACUCUGUACAAUCAAGGCGCAAGUCUCAGCAGGAUUUCCAAUACCGUCGAGGAACUUCACGAUACAAUGGCAGAUCUCAAACAAUCAUUUAAAGCAUUACGUUUGGAGUUAAACACAACCCCUUCAGCCCGAAAUCCGGAAUAUCACGGGGAUGAGGCUAUGCAAAUGCUAAGGACAGUGCUAAAGGAACUUCAGUCCAAGUCCGACGAAAUAGAAAAGCUAAAAUUGGAGAACGAGUCGUUGAAGCUAAAGGCCCGAUAUUUGCAAGGCCGCCCGCUAAGUGCUGUACCAACGACACCUCGCAUGCUUGAAGAUGCUGCUAUGCCCGAGGAGCAAAGCCCAGGUUUUCUCAAUGAAAGCGGGAAAAGAGGGUUACUGGGAGCUAGUACUCAACUCCAAAUAGCAGAUUCAUUUGAGGACCAUGAACCAGCGAUGGAGCAUACGACGACUCCUGAGGUAGCUCAGCACACGACUGCUCCAGUGAAGGUACCCCUAAAACCAGCUGCGGACAUCUUAUCUGGCCCCAAACAACUCACACAACAAGAGCAAGAUCUAGCUGUUCCAACCGGAUUUAGGCGUCGGAGAGAAUCUGGCGAACCAGCUACCAAAAGACCCAGAAUUUCGUCGACGGAAGAUCCAGAGAGCUCCGAUACCAACGUUGAUGUUGAGUCACAUGUACCGCGUAAGAGAAGAGGCAGGCCAAGCGAGUCGCGCAGGUCUUUGCAAGCGGCUUCCCACCCACGAACACCAUCAACACUGUCAAUAUCCGAUCCAAGUACAAUCAACCAGCCAAAUACAGAAAUACAAACAGCAGACGAGAGGGUGACAGACCGCCCGGACAAUUCGGAGAAUACACAACCGGCAAGAAAACCAGGGAACCGUAGAUCGAGAAAGGUGACAUCACGUUCUAACUCGCAAGCGGCUUCACGAGCACGGUCCGCGUCUCCCAGGGUAACUCGCAACAGCGCCAAAUUAGUUGAAGAGAAUGGUGGUAAACAAGCCGAGAAACCGACUCUUGGGAACGAACCACCAGGUCGGAGGGGUGGUGGGUUUGAGAUUUUGGUGAAUGUAGCUGAAUUGACACCGGAGAGUGUUGUGAAUGAGAAUGAUCUGUUUAACCGCCUAGGACAUCCUCAGGAGGAGGAUGGGUCGGCAGGAAAUGUAGGAGAGAAGACUACUGAUGACAGCGAGCAACGCCAGGCUAGGGUUGCUGCUAGGGAAAUGAUAGUCAAAGCUGCCAUGGAAAGGGAGGAGGCCAUGGCUGAUGGUUAGAUUAGAGGGUUUAUAGAAACGUCACAUCGACGACCGGAGCGAACAUACAUUGCUCAUUGUAUUUUUCUUAUUCUAUAAGGGAUAAAUAUUUCUUCAUCA